AUAUUCUCUGCAGUAAGUUGCUAGUUAUUACUGUACUCUCGAUAUGGUCCACGGGCAAAUAUAGUACGGUAGGUACAGUGCAGUACAGUGCAGUACAGUAAAUACGCACACCUACCCAAAAAAUGCAAGAAGAAGAAGAAGAGCAAGAGCGCUGAACCGUGAUAACGGUAUCGACGGCAUAUACCCAAAAACAAGGUUUUCGGAAUCAUUACCUCCCCUCGCACAGAAGGCCGUACGAGUACAGUACUGUACGGUAUUUCGUUCCCCCCCCCACAAUUUGGAACAAAAGGAACAGGAACAGGAACGAGGAAACGCCCCCCGAUCUCCCCAACCCCAUCCAUCGGGAAGAAACCAACAACGAGAAAACGCGCAAUUUCGCAUCACCUAACUUACCCCCACCCCCCCCUUGUUAACAGUUGGUACUCGUACUGUAUGAUUGGGCUCUCCACAAAUCUCAGCGAAGGAAGGGGAAGAAGAAGAAAAAGAAAAAGAAUCCUGGAGAUCUCCAUAGCUGUUUGCUUUUUUUUCCCUUUCUUUCCCAUGUUUGCGCUUUAUCGGUUCGUUCAACUUACCGGUAUUGGGUUGUUAUACCUGCUAUAAUACAAUUACUGUAGUACGGUGCUACACCCGAGAACAGUACGAGUAUUAUAAUGUCUGUCCGUGCAGACAUUGAAGGGGGUAUCUGUAUCAUAGCGCUCACUCAUGCAUUACAGUAAGUGUAGUUAGCUCUUGGGCCGAAGCUUGCGGUAACUGUGCGAGCACGGUACUCCAAGAGUGUCAGCAGAUCCCGUUCACCGCGCAUGGCUCGCUUCCUCUGCCUCUUUUGUUUCGUCUAGUCUACCGUACCGUGUUGGGCUGGGCUGGGCUGAAGAAUACUCGAAUACUGUACGGCACUUCACUGCAUUGUACUCGUAUGGGCGCCGUAUCAUAACACAAGAAAGAAAAAAGAAAGAGGAAAAAAGCAAAUCACGAUAUUAGGAUUGUGGUAUGAUAGGGGGGGACGGAAAGGGAAAGGAGAAGGAAAUAUAGUCCGGCGCUCGAGUACGGUACGGUACUCGUACUGUACUGUAUUUCACAAUCUUAGAUCACCAAGAACCGAGUGAAGUUUGAAAAUGGAUGGUACUGUGAUGCGGGGUGUGAGGCAGGUGGGUAGGCCCAGUUGAGAAUGCAAUUCUUCAAUUCAC